CGCAUGGCGGCGGCCGUCUUGAAACUGCAUUUCCCAGAAGGCUCUGCUUACCGUCUCAGGAACUGGGCUAUGGGCCGGUGGACAGAACUCCUCAUCCUGGGUUUUUAAAUUUCUCAGGGGAUGAGUGACGGUGGACAGAGGCCUUUGGCGGCGGUGUUCGUGGGCUGCCUGGCAUGUAGGCGCUGCGCGCUGACACUGUGGAACCAUCCACACAGCUCUGCUUCCGGCCGGGGGCAAAAAGCAGAGGCGCUGCGUCUCCUUUAAUCGUCGUGGGCGGGGCGUGGCACCGCGACCCGCGUUGCUAUUGGCGGCGGUUGGGGGCGCGGAAACUGAACCUGCCGCAACGGCCGACGCUGCCUCGUCCGGCGCCUUGGGCGCCCCGGGCCCGCCAUGGCUGCACCCUGCCCUGAGGACCCCUCACUGGAGAGGCAUUUUAAGGGCCACCGAGAUGCAGUUACUUGUGUGGACUUCAGUCUCAACACGAAGCAGCUGGCCAGCGGCUCCAUGGACUCAUGCCUCAUGAUCUGGCACAUGAAGCCCCAGUCACGCGCCUACCGCUUUGCGGGCCACAAGGAUGCUGUCACCUGUGUGAACUUCUCCCCUUCGGGACACCUUCUUGCCUCAGGCUCCCGAGACAAAACUGUCCGGAUCUGGAUACCCAAUGUCAAAGGCGAGUCCACUGUGUUCCGGGCACACACGGCCACGGUGAGGAGUGUCCACUUCUGCAGUGAUGGCCAGUCUUUCGUGACAGCCUCCGAUGACAAGACAGUUAAGGUGUGGUCGACUCAUCGCCAGAAAUUCCUGUUCUCCCUAAGCCAGCACAUCAACUGGGUCCGCUGUGCCAGGUUCUCUCCCGACGGGCGGCUCAUUGUGUCUGCCAGUGAUGACAAGACUGUCAAGCUGUGGGACAAGACCAGCCGGGAGUGUGUCCACUCUUACUGUGAGCAUGGCGGCUUUGUCACCUACGUGGACUUCCACCCCAGCGGCACGUGCAUUGCUGCUGCCGGCAUGGACAACACAGUGAAGGUGUGGGACGUGCGGACGCACCGGCUCUUGCAGCACUAUCAGCUGCACAGCGCAGCGGUGAAUGCACUCUCCUUCCACCCAUCCGGAAACUACCUGCUCACGGCCUCCAGCGACUCGACCCUGAAGAUCCUGGACCUCAUGGAGGGCCGGCUGCUCUAUACUCUCCACGGGCAUCAGGGUCCAGCCACCACUGUUGCUUUUUCAAGAACGGGAGAGUAUUUUGCUUCUGGAGGUUCUGAUGAACAAGUGAUGGUUUGGAAGAGUAACUUUGAUGUUGUCGAUUAUGGAGAAGUCACAAAAGUGCACAGGCCCCCAGCCACCCUGGCCACCUCCUCCAGGAAUCUGAUUUGGGAGGCUUUGAGAAAGUCCAAUCUCUGCUCCCCACCAUGGUUCUGGUGCAUGGAGAGAUUGAGCAGUCUUGGCCCAGAGGUACAGCCAGAAAUGGAUUUCCCUGUCCCUCCAGGCAGAGGCAGGAGUCAGGAGUCGGUGCAGAGCCAGCCCCAGGAGCCCAUCAGCAUGCCCCAGACGCUGACCAGCACGUUGGAGCACAUCGUGGGCCAGCUGGACGUCCUCACCCAGACAGUCUCCAUCCUGGAGCAGCGGUUGACACUGACGGAGGACAAGCUGAAGCAGUGUCUGGAGAACCAACAGCUAAUCAUGCAGAGAACAACACCGUGAUCAGGGGAGCAAGAAUCAAGAGCUUGGUCGAUUUUGGGGGGGUGGCAGACCGGGGAUUGGUACUGUGGGACUUGGGGACUCAUUUAUUUAAAUGAAAGGGAUUCAGCUCUGUGGGCAUCACUUUCAUCCCUGAGCCCCAGAGAUUAUGCCCCUAUCUCUGUCCUCCACCUGCUGUCUGCACCUGGAGGCUCUCCACCUGGCAGUGGGAGGCCAGCCCCCUGUGGGCAGGGCCAACACAUGCAGAAUGGACUGUGUUUGGUUUAAUGUGAAGGAGUCACCCGGAAAUGUUUGCUACCUCUACCUCGGAGUCCCAAUGAGCCCUAAGAUCGCAGCUUCCCUGCCCCCUCUAGAAGAGUCCCCUUCCUGGGGUUUGUCCAACCUUCUGUCAUAUGACUGGCUCUUCCCACCCAUAGCAAUGGACUACACAUUGGAUGGGGAGCCAGGAGUUUUCUCUAAAUCUGACAAAAGGCCCAAUGUGGGUCCAUCUGAGGUUUAUCCAGGAACAAGCACUCGAGGCGGGGAGGCGGUAGCUUUGCAGUGGCCUCGAUUUCUGCCUCAUGCAUGUUCACUGGGGCCUGGUGGCUUCCUCCUCUGUAUGCACGAAGGUGAAGGAAUCUGAAAUUAAAAUGGACUUUAUUGAGCUUCUCAUAAAA